CCAUCUCAUUAAUUUAUUAAUGGCCAGCCCAGUUAAAUAUAGACGAGACGACCCAUAAAUGAUAAAUCCUAGAGCUUGAACUAUGUCGAACAUGGUGGCGAUGCUUGUUCCAAUAUUUCUAGCAUUCCUUUCCUGCACUUCCUUUCUGUCGUCGACCCUUGCUGAUUCGUCCUACAAUGUCUCCGGCGGAACAGAUUGGUGGUGCCAGAAAACCCCAUACCCCGACGAUUGCAGGUCUUCCCUGGGCGACCUCGAUCCUAACCCUUCGGUCCCCAAGCAGAAACCCGAAUUCCGGAAGAUGGCGUUGCAGGCUGCAAUGGAACGAGCUCUCCAGGCUGAGAGUCACACCAAGUGGCUAGGCCAGAUAUGCCGCAAUGACCGAGAGCGGGCUGCAUGGGUCGACUGUUUGAAGCUCUACGAGGACACCAUUCUGCAACUCAACCGCACUCUCAACCCAAUCGCCAACUGCACCGAUUCUGAUACCCAAACAUGGCUGAGCACGGCUCUCACCAACCUCGAUACCUGCAAGGCGGGCAUUGUUGAGCUCGGCGUCUCGGACGUCUUGUUGCCUCUCGUCUCGAACAAUGUUUCCCACCUGAUCAGCAACGCUCUGGCAAUAAACGAUAUUCCAUCCGAGCAACAGAAUUACACAGGCGGUUUCCCAACCUGGGUAUCGGCUGCCGACCGGAAGCUCUUGCAGUCGUCGUCUUUGGCCUCACGGGCUAACCUUGUGGUCGCACAAGAUGGGUCCGGCCACUUCCGCACCAUCAAAGCAGCUAUCAGUGCGGCGUCGAAGCUAAGGAGAGGAAGCCGAAGGUUUAUUAUUUAUGUGAAGGCGGGUGUUUACAGGGAGAAUAUUGAGAUCGGAAACAACAUGCCGAAUAUCAUGCUCAUCGGUGACGGAAUGCGAAGAACGUUAAUCACCGGUUCAAGGAGUGUGCGAAAAGGCUACACCACCUUCAACUCUGCAACUGUUGCGGUGAGUGGUGAACGAUUCGUUGCAACUGGGAUCACAUUCCGUAACACGGCCGGUCCGCUGAGCCAAGCAGUGGCGCUGGUUUCCGGCUCCGACCUCUCUGUUUUCUACCGUUGCGGCUUUAUAGGAUAUCAGGAUACAUUGUACGUCCACUCUCAGCGGCAGUUUUACAAACAAUGCUACAUCUAUGGCACAAUCGAUUUUAUAUUCGGAAAUGCAGCUGUAGUUCUCCAAAACUGCAUGAUCGUCGCGAGGAGGCCAUUGCAUGGGCAAGCGAAUGUUAUCACGGCACAGGGACGAUCCGAUCCUCAUCAGAACACCGGUAUUUCAAUCCACAAGUCCAGAGUCAUAGCUUCAUCGGACCUGAGGCCAGUGCUGAGCUCAGUGAAGACAUUUCUGGGUCGACCAUGGCAGCAGUAUUCUCGAACUGUAUAUCUGCAGACAUAUCUUGAUGGGUUGGUAGAUCCUGCUGGAUGGUUGGAAUGGGGCGGUAGUUUUGCUCUGAAUACGCUGUAUUAUGGAGAGUAUAAGAACAUUGGGCCUGGUUCUUCCACUGCAAGGCGGGUGAAAUGGCGUGGCUACCGUGUCAUAAGAAACCCAUCGGAGGCUUCACUGUUCACGGUGGGUAACUUCAUCUCCGGCCGUUCAUGGUUACCUGGGACAGGUGUGCCGUUCACCUCCGGCCUCUAACUGGAUAACUUGAUCGGUUAUUCUGCUCCAUUUUUUUUAAUCUUUAUCUUUCUUCUUUGUUACCUUUUCUUUUCUCUUCCCCUUAUUUAU